AUGACCCACUUGAUCAACCUAUUGCCCACGCUGGCACUGUUGGCCAUGGGUUUGACGGGUCUGGAGAACGCUCCGACCACCGCCCUCGCCCACGUUCAGCGCUCACCUCAAGACCUUCACCGACACCUUGCCACUAGACAACGUCUGACCGGUAACAUUGGCGCCAAGGAGAGACGAAAGGGAUCCAUUCGUCAGAGCAAACGAGGCGCAACCUGUCGACCCCGAGUAGACGCGGCAGCAUCUGCUCUCGUCUCGGCCGCCGAGUCUCCCUCUGCGUCCCCCGUUCCGGCCUCUGCGUCCCCUUCGCCCUCUGCCACCCAGGUUGCAUCUGCGGCUGCACAGAAUGUCAACGUCAACGCUGCCGUUCAAUCGCCUUCACCUACUCAAGCUCCUGCAGCUUCGACCGCAGCAUCGUCUGCUGAUUCUGCUGCUUCCACUGGAUCCAACGGCAACCUCUUUGCUAUCGGGGCAAGUGUCGCCAAUCAAGGAUCUAAAUUUGGAGCUGCAUGGCCGAACGGAAAUUGGGCUCAAAGCACUGAUCCAAACUACGUCGGGAACUAUAUCGGAUCUAGAACGGCAUGGUACUACACCUGGUCACCUUCGAACGUUGGAUCAGCAGACUCCCUCGGAUUAGAGUUCGUGCCCAUGCUUUGGGGUCCAGCUCAGGUCUCUGAUUUCUGGAGCACUCAAGGAUCUUGGCCUUCGUCCGUCAAGAAUGCUCUGUUCUUCAACGAACCCAACGAGGUAUCUCAAUGUAAUAUCGAUGCUGGAAGCUCUGUCCAAUACUGGAUGAACGAAAUGGUACCCUUGAGAAGCAACAAGGGAAUCGCUAUCGGUGGUGCGGCAACGACAAACGCCCCUAGUGGGUUGCAAUGGGUACAGGAUAUCAUCUCGUUGUGUCAGCAGGAUGGAAAUUCGCAGGCGGAUUGCACGCCAGACUUCGUGCCCAUCCACUGGUACAGUACCGACCUGAACGAAUUCCAACAGUACGUCCAAAACUUUAACCAACAGACCGGACUAGACAUCUGGGUCACCGAAUAUGCUUGUCAAUCAUUCACUGAUGCUCCUCAAUGCGACAACGGACAGACCUGGCAAUUGCACCAAGCCAUGGCUGCUUGGUUCGACACGCAAGACUAUGUCAAGCGAUACUCUCCCUUCGGUAUGAUGGAGAACAUGCAAGGCGUGAAUCAAGACAACGCGUUGAUGAACCCAAGUGGUUCCAUCACGGAUCUCGGAAGCUGGGUGAGUGGCAUCGGGAACAUCGUCUACCAUCUGCAGUUUUUUGCGCCUCGAUAUCGUCCGCGGAAAAUGUCUAGGCUGACACUCCCGUCUCACAGUAUAUCUGGAGUGCCUAGAGAACCACUCCAUGACACCUUUCUUUCGUCCAGCCUUGCCUUGCCUUUCUUUCGUCUUUGCUUCUUGCCGUUUAUUUUUCUUCUCGCUCUCUCGUAG